CCGCCCGGCUCGCGCCCAGGACAGGGCAGUUGUCAUCGAACGGAGGGCAACGGGUCUGCCGCACGCUGUGCACCGAGUGCAUCGGAAUUUUUGCUCGGUCCUCAGCCUUCAUUUGGUGCUGAGGCCGCAGAGGGUCGCACACUCGUCGGUGUCAGAAGUCGUCUGGCGGAAGUCCGACGCUGGAAGGCUGAGCAGAUCGGGCAUCGAUCUGUCGCUGUCAGGGGCAGUUCGCCAAUAUCUGUGGGGGCGCCCGUGAGCAGUCAGCGCGGCUACCAUGCAGGCGGCAGCAACGAUUGUUCGGAGACUUGUCUCCACCAGGAGCUCGCGUGGAGCGCGCUGCAUCACCUCUGUGGUGCAGGACCCAGGCAUCCCCGACUUCGACGUCAAGAACGAGCCAUUGCUGGGGUACCUGGCUGGCAGUCAGGAGCUGCAGCAGCUGGAGGCGGCGCUCCAGAAGCACGGCUCCGCGGUGGCCGACGUGCCGAUCGUGAUCGGGGAUGAGGAGAUCCGUACCGACCUGGUCCGGUACCAGCCCCGGCCGCACGACCACAAGAAUCCCGUGGCCAAGUUCUACCACGCCACCCCAGAGGUGGUCCAGAAGGCGAUCGACAACAGCCUGUCGGUGCGUGAGACCUGGGAGAAGGUGCCUCUGGCUGAGAAGAUCGCCAUCUUCCAUCGAGCAGCUGACCUGAUGGCUACCAAGUACCGCAUGGACCUGAACGCUACAACAAUGCUCGGACAGUCCAAGACGAUCAUCCAAGCCGAGAUCGACGCUGCCGCGGAACUGGUGGACUUCCUGCGCUUCAACGCCUUCUUCGCCAAGGAGCUCUGCAAGUGGCAGCCCAUCAGCGAGGACCGAAGCGUCACCAAGAACUCGAUGCGCAUGCGCGGCUUGGAGGGGUUCGUGGCGGCCGUGUCGCCGUUCAACUUCACCGCCAUCGGUGGCAACCUGGCCUCGGCGCCGGCGCUCAUGGGCAACGUGGUGGUGUGGAAGCCGUCCGACACGGCCGUGCUGAGCAACUACACGGCUUACCGCAUACUACGGGAGGCGGGCAUGCCGCCGGGCGUGAUCAACUUCGUGCCGGCCGACGGCCCGGUGUACGGCGACACAGUGACCGCCUCGCCCCACCUGGCCGUGGUCAACUUCACGGGAUCAGUGCCAACGUUCCAGCACCUUUGGAAACAGGUGGGAAACAACAUCGCCAGUUACCACAGCUUCCCCCGCCUCGUGGGCGAGUGUGGCGGCAAGAACUAUCACUUCAUCCACCCGUCGGCGGAUGCCGCGACCGUCGCCCCUGCCACCAUGCGCUCGGCCUUCGAGUUUGGUGGCCAGAAGUGCUCUGCCUGUAGCAGAAUGUAUGUCCCGAGGAGUCGCUGGGAUGAGAUUCGUAGUCGCAUGCUAGAUAUCCACAAGGAAAUCCGGGUGGGAGAUCCCCUAAAGAAGGAAACCUUCUACGGAGCCGUGAUUGACGAGAAGGCCUUCAAGCGGAUCCAGUCGUACAUCGAGCACGCCAAGAGCUCGCCAAACCUGGAGGUCAUCGCCGGUGGCGGCUGCGACAGCAGUGUGGGGUACUUCGUCGAGCCGACCAUCGUGGUGAGCCGGGACCCGGACGAGCGGAUCCUGCAGGAGGAGAUCUUUGGUCCCGUGCUCAGCGUGUUCGUGUACGAGGACGGCCAGGAGGCGGCCACCCUGGAGAUGAUCGGCCGCUGCCCGUACGCCCUCACCGGCGCCGUCUUCAGCCAGGACCAGGCGUUCGCCGAGUUCGCCCUGGAGAAGAUGAAGAUGACGUGCGGCAACUUCUACAUCAACGACAAGUCCACCGGCUCGGUGGUGGGCCAGCAGCCGUUCGGCGGCGGCCGCAUCUCUGGAACCAACGACAAGGCGGGCGGGCCGCACUACAUGCUCAAGUACUGCUCGCCGCAGGCCGUCAAGGAGACAUUCGUGCCGCUCACCGAGUGGAAGUACCCGUACAUGGAGUGAAGCGCGCCCGUGCUGGCCCGGGCGCCGCGUCACGGGGGUCGCUGGCCGGACCCCCAAUGAGCCAGGCGGCGCGAGCGGAGCUGGAGCUGGGCUCAUGCUCUGUACAGCAACAGGGCGGGCCUGAUGCCGAUCCGUGACCGGAGGGCGUUGUGCAGGGAGGGGGAGGGGCGGGGGCUGGACGCCCCCGGUCGUUCGAUGCGGGAGACUGCCUUUGAAAUGCUGGUGUUGACGCCGGCGAUGUCACCAGACAGUUUUUACAUAGAGUGCUAUGCAUGAAAAAAGGAAUGAGCAGCUCUCGGUGCAGGGUCAUUGCGUUUGUGGGAAGCUCGCCACGUUUCCAGAUACAAGUUGGGGUGAGACGUGCUCCUUUGGUAUGGAUAACAUUCGCCACUGGUGACAAGUGUGUGUCCGGAUAUUUCGGGCGUAGGUCUUGUGCUCUCGAUGCUCCGUGCGGUACGUAGCCUCUGCCUAGCGGAGACACUGAAGGCAGACAAUACUCGCUAACAGUGUGCAAUUCUUGCCGGGUAUUUCCUAGCGUGUUCGGUGUCCGCGUUUGAAUGAUUAGCAGGUGUUGGACAGUCUCCUGGAAACCAAACUUCUGGCGAUAAUAAUCACACAGCGCUGCUG